AUGACAGACCACGAGGUCACGUUUCAGAGGGUCGGUGCGAAGAAGGCUGUGUCCUUUGAACUCUCAAGUAGUGAUGACCAAAGCGUGUUACCAUCGCCCGCUAGUCCUGCUAGCGUAGUGGAUCAGUGCCUGUCCGGUGAUUACAUCAGACCUUUGCGACAUUAUUACCUUCAUCCGUCGGGUAAGGGAAUGCGACCGGUUCCGAGCAUGAACACAUUGAACCGCUUGGAGAGGCAGACAAUCGUUCUCUGGCGGAAGCCUAUGCAAACCGUGUACUACUUCUUCCGAGAGUUGAUAUGUCUGUCGUUGGAUUACGGCUGCAGAUUAUGGGCCUUUAAAUCCCAGCUGUUUCUGGCCAUUCUAUCGUGUUUUUGCUUCUACGUCGUGUGCCAUACGCCGGGUCAGCAUCAGAGGGUUGUCGCUUAUCUUGAAAAGAGGCUACUCUGGUGUGCGUACUGGAUCGGUCUUGGUAUUUUGUCAUCGGUCGGUUUAGGAACCGGUCUGCAUACAUUUCUCCUUUACCUGGGUCCUCAUAUAGCUUCUGUUACGAUCGCCGCAUUUGAAUGUGGCAGCCUGAAAUUCCCGGAACCUCCGUACCCUGAUGAAAUCGUGUGUCCCUACAAUGGCGAAGCGUCGUUGAUCAGUUCGAAUUCGUCGAUUCAGCUAGAUGACUCUGCGUUUAAAGUCAUGCACAACAGCAGCAUGCUAGCCGCCAGUUCGGUGGUUUCCAUCUGGGCGAUCAUGAACAAGGUUCGUCUGGAGUCGUUUAUGUGGGGAACGGGAACGGCUCUCGGUGAGCUACCGCCGUAUUUCAUGGCCCGUGCCGCUCGAUUGUCUGGAGAAGAACCAGAUGAUGAAGACUACCGUGAGUUCGUACAGUUUCUCAGACAGUCGCAGCUUGAUCACAGAGAGAGCUGGAUGGACAAGUUGAAGCUGAUGAUCCAGCGUGUGGUUGAACGCGUCGGCUUUCUAGGCAUAUUGCUUUGUGCGUCGAUCCCGAAUCCGCUGUUCGAUUUGGCUGGCAUCACCUGUGGUCAUUUUUUAGUCCCAUUCUGGACGUUCUUCGGAUCAACCUUGAUUGGAAAAGCUGUGAUCAAAAUGCAUAUACAAAAACUGUUCGUCAUCAUCGCGUUUAGCGAACAGCACUACGCCAAACUGUUAAAUCUUCUCAAGAAAACUCCAAAAAUUGGCCAUCGCUUGGAAGCGCCGUUCAGCGAAUACCUGAGGACGCAGAAAGUGAGGUUGCAUCAUUUGAACAGCGGCGACGCACAGAUGAAAUCUAAUCGGCUGCAGCUGGUGUUUGACGUAGUUCUCUAUGGCAUGGUCGCCUAUUUCCUUAUUUCACUUGUCAACUCGUUGGCGCAGAGCUAUCAUCGUCGGUUGUGGUUGCAGAAGAAACAUGAUGACCGCAUAAUAAAAUUUCGGUUUGUACUUCUGGCUUAA